ACUGCGUUAACAAGACUAUUUAGUUAUUAAAUUUUAUUGUUCAAAAUGGGAACAUUUGUACUAAUUGAAAAAUCGUCAAUGAUUUGGCUGUUACUGGUCCUGUUAUCAUCAGUCCACCUAGUCUUAUCUAUCCCAAUAACUGAUCGAAACGUGGAGAAUGUUUUAACCGAAAAAUUUACAAGCCACACGUCCGAAUAUGGCCAAAGUCGAAUCGCAAAAUUAAAAUUAGUAACGCCAAGAAAAACUACUCGAACGGGACGUCAGAGCAAUUACCCCCUCAUGAUUUAUGGAGGAUGUUACCCACCCGGCCAGGCCGGCGGGUGGGGGUGGGGUUACCCUCCUUACAGCACAUUUCGAAAGCAAGAUGGACUGAUAGGUCAGGAUAACGUGUUUGACUUCACAUCCCUCUGUAAAGACCAGCCAGGUGGGUGCGAGCAAUGGGGUAGACCAUAGGGCGACCCAAUCCGAGGAAAUUCGAUCCGAUCAUGAUUUUAUCAUGACUAUUUUUAACUUGAUUCAUAGUAAGUUUACUCUGACAAUGCAAGUCUUUUACCUGUACAACUCAGAUCUGGUUGGGACCAAUUUUAUUUUGUUCAGCACAAAAAAUAA